AUGUUGUCGUUAAUAUUAUUGUUGAUAACAGUAGUCCUCUUUUAUUGUACUGCUAUCAAACCAUUGAGUUACUGGAAGAAAAGAGGAGUCAUUUUCCAGGAGGGAGCAAUAUGGUUGCUGGGAAAUCAAUGGAAAUUAUUUCUAAGACGUGAAAACAUGUUUGAAGUGCUGGAAAAUGCUUACAAUAUGGCACCAAACGCUAGAUAUAUAGGAUUUUAUAAAUAUACAACACCCUGUCUGAUGAUAAAGGAUCCACAGCUAUUAAAACAGAUAACAGUUAAGCAUUUUGACCAUUUUGUUAACCAUAGAUCUUUUAUACCACAAGGUGCUGAUCCACUCUGGUCAAAGAAUCUUCUUUCAUUAAGAGAUCAAAAAUGGAAAGAAAUGAGAGCGGUACUAAGUCCUUUAUUCACCAGCAGCAAAAUAAAGGUGAUGUUCCAUCUGAUGACAGAGUGCUCUGAGAAUCUGGUAAAACAUUUCUUGAAGAAAAAUCAAGAAAUCACUAAAGUUGCAUUUAAAGACUUGUCCACUCGUUAUGCCAACGAUAUUAUAGCUUCUGUUGCUUUUGGAAUACAUACAGAUUCUUUGGAGAACCGCAAUAAUGAAUUCUAUUUAAUGGGAAAAGAAAUCUCGAACUUUUCUACUUUCCGAAGAAAUGUCAAGUUAAUGGGAUUUGUAACAAUUCCAAAAAUUUUUAAGCUCCUAAAAGUUAAUUUCCUUGAUGGUCCUUCGAGACAAUUCUUUGUCGAUCUUAUUGAAAAUAUCGUAAAAGUAAGGACAGAAGAAAAUAUCGUUAGAACUGAUAUGUUGAAUCUUCUAAUCGAAGCAAAGAGAGGUAUGCAGAACAAAGAUAAACAGUCAGCCAUUGAAACUGACUAUUCGACAUUUCAAGAAUAUACCAGAGAAAAACAAGCUCACACAAACAUCACAAAUGAAGACAUUAUCUCAAACUCCUUGUUCUUUUUCAUCGGUGGUUUUGAUCCGGUUUCCAGCACUAUGUGCUUCGUUGCAUACGAGUUAGCAACCCAUCCAGAUAUUCAAACCAUAUUAAGAGAAGAAAUUAAUCGAGGAUUUGAAGAAUGUAAAGGGAAAAUGACGUACCAAGUGUUGAUGACGAUGAAGUAUUUGGAUAUGGUUAUUUCAGAAUGCUUAAGAAAGUGGCCAGCUUUUCCCGGUAUUGACAGAGAAUGCAACAAAGAAUACAUCAUACAACCCGAAAAUCCACAUGAGGAACCCUUAGUCGUCGAAAAAGGAUCAAUUAUUAUUCUUCCACUUAUGUCGAUCCACCACGAUUCUAAAUACUUUCCGGACCCAGAACAGUUCGACCCCGAACGAUUUAGCGACGAAAACAAGGAUAAAAUCAAGGAAUAUACGUAUUUUCCCUUCGGGUUAGGUCCGAGGAAUUGCAUAGGAGCCAGAUUUGCCUUGCUUGAAAUAAAGGUAUUAUUUUCUCAUCUUUUGCAGCACUUUGAGAUAGUACCAAUUGCGGUUACCUGUAUUCCUCCUCAGUUAACGAAAGGAAAUUUUAAUUUACUGCCUGCUGAUGGUAUGAGAUUGGGUUUAAAAAGACUUUAA